CAGGGGGGAUGGGGGGAGGAACAUGGCGCAAGCUCUGUCCGAGGAGGAGUUUCAGCGGAUGCAGGCUCAGCUCCUGGAACUCCGGACAAACAACUACCAGCUUUCAGAUGAGCUACGCAAGAAUGGUGUGGAACUUGUCAGUCUUCGACAGAAGGUCGCCUUCCUGGAUAAGGAGUUCAGCAAAGCUCAGAAGGCACUGAGCAAGAGCAAGAAAGCUCAGGAAGUCGAGGUACUGCUGAGUGAAAACGAGAUGCUGCAGACAAAACUGCACAGCCAGGAGGAAGACUUCCGUUUGCAGAACAGCACGCUUAUGGCCGAGUUCAGCAAGCUCUGUAGCCAGAUGGAACAGCUGGAGCGGGAGAACCAGCAACUGAAGAAUGGGAUUGCUGGAGCAGGGACUGCCCAAGUUGGGCCCCUUGUGGAUGGGGAGCUAUUGAGACUACAGGCAGAAAACACAGCAUUGCAGAAAAAUGUGGCAGCCCUGCAGGAGCGCUAUGGGAAAGAGGCCAGGAGGUCCUCAGUUAUCAGUGAGGGCCACAGGGACCCCCCAGGGGGCCUGGCCCCCACUGUCCUGGCCUCCAUGCCAUUGGCAGAGGUGGAGCUGAAAUGGGAAAUGGAGAAAGAGGAAAAAAGAUUGCUCUGGGAGCAACUGCAAGGCUUGGAGAGCUCAAAACAGGCUGAAACAUCCAGGCUGCAGGAGGAACUUGCUAAGCUCUCUGAGAAACUGAAAAAGAAACAAGAAAGUUUUUGCCGUCUGCAGACAGAGAAGGAGACACUGUUUAAUGACAGCAGGAAUAAGAUUGAAGAGUUACAGCAGCGGAAGGAAGCCCAGUUGGCUCGAACCCAGAAGCUACAGCAGGAGCUUGAGGCUGCCAAUCAGAGCUUGGCAGAGCUAAGAGAUCAGAGGCAGGGGGAGCGCCUGGAGCAUGCGGCAGCUUUGCGAGCCCUACAAGAUCAGGUGUCCAUCCAGAGUGCAGAUGCGCAGGAACAAGUGGAAGGACUUUUGGCUGAGAACAAUGCCUUGAGGACUAGCCUGGCUGCCCUGGAGCAGAUCCAAACAGCAAAGACCCAAGAACUAAAUAUGCUCCUGGAACAGACCACUGUGCUGACAGCUGAGUUGCAGCAGUGGCAGGCCAACUACGAGGACCUCAUGGGACAGAAAGAUGACCUCAACUCCCAGCUCCAGGAGUCAUUACGGGCCAAUAGUCGGCUGCUGGAACAACUUCAAGAAAUAGGGCAGGAGAAGGAGCAGUUGACCCAGGAACUACAGGAGGCUCGAAAGAGUGCUGAGAAGCGGAAGGCCAUGCUGGAUGAGUUAGCAAUGGAGACGCUGCAGGAGAAGUCACAGCACAAGGAAGAGCUGGGAGCAGUCCGACUACAGCAUGAGAAGGAGGUGCUGGGGGUGCGUGCCCGCUAUGAGCGUGAGCUCCGAGAGCUGCAUGAAGACAAGAAGCGGCAGGAGGAGGAGCUCCGUGGGCAGAUCCGGGAGGAGAAGGCCCGAACACGGGAGCUGGAGAAUCUCCAGCAGACAGUGGAAGAACUUCAAGCUCAGGUACACUCCAUGGAUGGUGCCAAGGGCUGGUUUGAACGGAGCUUGAAGGAAGCCGAGGAAUCCCUGCAGCAGCAGCAGCAGGAACAAGAGGAAGCCCUCAAGCAGUGUCAGGAGCAGCAUGCCACCGAGCUGAAGGGUAAAGAAAAGGAACUACAGGGUGUGCGGGAUCAGCUCCAGCAGGCCCAGGAGGAGCGGGAUUGCCACCUGAAGACCAUCAGCAGCCUGAAGCAGGAGGUGAAGGACACAGUAGAUGGGCAGCGGAUCCUGGAGAAGAAGGGCAGUGCUGCGCUCAAGGACCUUAAGCGGCAGCUGCACCUGGAGCGGAAAAGGGCAGACAAACUGCAGGAGCGGCUGCAGGACAUCCUCACCAACAGUAAGAGCCGCUCAGGCCUGGAGGAGCUGGUUCUUUCAGAGAUGAAUUCACCAAGCCGGACCCAGACAGGGGAUAGCAGUAGCAUCUCCUCCUUCAGCUACCGGGAGAUCUUGCGGGAGAAGGAGAGCUCGGCCAUUCCAGCCAGGUCCUUAUCCAGCAGUCCUCAGUCCCAGCCCCCUCGGCCAGCAGAGCUGUCAGAUGAGGAAGUGGCUGAGCUCUUUCAGCGGCUGGCAGAGACACAGCAGGAGAAAUGGAUGCUGGAGGAGAAGGUGAAGCACCUAGAGGUAAGCAGCGCCUCAAUGGCUGAGGACCUCUGCAGGAAGAGCGCCAUCAUUGAGACCUAUGUCAUGGACAGCCGGAUUGAUGUGUCUGUGGCAGCAGGCCACACAGACCGCAGUGGGCUGGGCAGCGUCCUGAGAGACCUAGUGAAGCCAGGUGACGAGAACCUUCGGGAGAUGAACAAGAAGCUGCAGAACAUGCUGGAGGAGCAGCUCACCAAGAAUAUGCACUUGCACAAGGACAUGGAAGUUCUUUCCCAGGAAAUUGUGCGGCUCAGCAAGGAGUGUGUGGGGUCUCCUGACCCAGACCUGGAGCCUGGAGAAGCCAGCUAAAGACCUGCAGUCUGCACCCACUCCCUCCCCUUCCCAGCCCCCAGGAUGCCAUUCCCUUGGGCUGUGGUGGGAAAAAUGGGGGCCCAUUGAAUAGGUCCGGAGACUGGACAUUAAUGGGGCUGGAGGCCUGAUGGCUGGUGUUAAUGACCCUGUCUUAGGUCAGAGGCCCCAAGGGAGUGGGGCUCCUGAGGGAAGGGGCAGGAAUUUCUCCUUCUUGGCCCUGGCUUCCAAGGGGUUUCUACGUUCAUCUCUGCAUGAGCUCUCCCUCCCAGAGACCAACUCUUUUUUAAUUUUCUUUUAUUUUUUAAUUUAUGUCUGGAAGCCUGGCUACUCUGCAUUUGGGAUUGGGGCUGUUGGGUGGGGGUGCAGUCCAUGUUCAGCAUUCUAGCAAUAUGUGUAUAUGUAUGUGUGUGUGUAAAGGCUGUGCAGCCAAAAUACCA